AUGAACAGAAUCUUCGGAACGACGAACAAGAAGCCCAAACCAACGCUUCAAGAUGCCAUCGCAGCGACUGACACUCGCAUUGCGGGAAUCGAGGUCAAAGUUAAGAAACUCGACGGGGAGCUCUCGAGGUAUAAAGAGCAGAUGGCAAAAAUGAAGAGCGGGCCUGGGAAGACAGCCAUCCAAAACCGUGCUCUUCAGACUCUCAAGCAGAAACGAAUGUACGAAUCUCAGCUUGCUGGUCUGCAGCAACAAACUUUCAAUAUGGAGUCGGCCGCGAUGACCACCGACAACCUACGGAAUACGAUGGCCACCGUCGAUGCAAUGCAAACAGCCAACAAAGAGCUGAGGCGUCAGUACGGCAAGGUCGAUAUCGAUAAAAUUGAGAGUGUUCAUUAUGAUAUGGAGGAUCUUCUUGAACAAGCCAACGAAAUUCAAGAGAUGAUGGGUCGCUCUUAUGGGGUUCCCGAAGAGGUCGAUGAGGCAGAGCUGGAAGCGGAACUGGAAGCACUGUCGGCUCAGCUGGAAGAGGACGAGACCCCGUCGUACCUACAGGACGUGGGCCGCGCCCCAGACUUCGUCGAUGAAACACCAGUCGAGGAAUCUGUGACACCUGCCAAACCAGAAGCAGCCAAAACAACAGCGUAUUCUGCCUCAUAG